CAGCCCGCGCUUUCCACUUAUCAUGAAUUCGCCGGAGAGAUAAAAGGGUUCGGAUAUGAUCUUCGCGUGGGGUGUCUGCGCCUUUCUCCUCGCUCUUGCAAGCGCGCGCUCUGCGUUCUACUAUGGCAAUGAAGUCGACGCACGCGAUCUUCUUCCCCGUAACACCUCGUACUGGGCGGACAUCGUUGCGGAGAAAAUUGCCGCACGAGAUGCGUUGAUACCAACGGAAUACCUGGUCCCGGACGAUCUGCUUCCCGACGACAGUGUAGACGAUGUGUCCAAGUUUGCCCUCGAGUCGGGGCUGUUCACGGACAGGGAGCUAGAGAUUACGGAGAGCACUGCGAGCGAUGUGAUAGGUAGAGUGGCGACGGGGGAGUGGUCUGCGACCGAGGUACUGGAGGCAGUCAUCAAGCGGACGGUCGUGGCGCAGCAGCUUUUCAGGCCGGUCUCGGAGGUGCUCUUUGAGCGUGGUCGGGAGCAAGCAAAGAAGCUCGACGCGUACUUUGCGGAGACUGGCAAGACGGUCGGACCCCUGCACGGGUUGCCGAUCUCCCUUAAAGACCAGUUCCGGUUCAAGGGCUUUGAUGCGACAAUCGGCUACGUGAGCUGGGCCAACCGGCCCGCUGAAGAAGACUCACUAACGGUGACAGCUUUGGAAGAGCUUGGGGCCGUACUGUUUGUCAAGACGAAUAUUCCGACUUCGCUCAUGGCCGGCGAGUCCAUCAACAACAUCUUUGGUGAGACGAAGAACCCAUUCAACCGCCGACUCACACCUGGUGGUUCGUCAGGCGGAGAGAGCUCUUUGGUCGGCUUCCAUGGCUCCUUCAUCGGAUUUGGGACUGAUAUUGCGGGAUCCAUCCGCAUUCCUUGCACGAACACAGGCCUCUGGUGUGUUCGCCCGAGUGUCGGUCGUUGCAGCUAUGCGAAUAUGGCUAACAGCCUUCGUGGCGAGCAAGCAAUCACCUCCACUUGCGGGCCCAUGGGCCGCUCCCCCGCUGACCUCAAGCUCGUCUUCUCUUCCCUCGUCAACGCCGGCCUCUGGAACUCGGACCCGUCCACCCUGCCCAUCCCCUGGCGCGAAUCCCACGAAAAGCUCCCGGAGAAGCUGGUGUUCGGCUGGGCGAACGGUGAUGGUCAUGUGCAGCCCUGGCCGCCGGUGCAGAGGGCGAUGCAUGAGGUGAAGGAGUGGUACGAGUACAAUACGCAGAUGGGGAAACUCUUCCACGUUGAUGGUCACCUCGACAUCCAAACGGACUUCAACGCGUCCGGCGAGCCCUUCCUACCAAUCAUCUCAUCUUACUUGGCCUAUGUGCCACCGGAGGAGCGCCCAAGCGUGUACGAAUCGUGGCAACUGGUGCAGGUGCUGCAGAACUAUACGCAGCUCUUCAGAGAUGCGUGGAAUGGCUCCGCCAACCAUACUUCGACCGGCCGCCCCAUCGAUGCGCUCAUUAUGCCCGCGACCUCGAACCCAGCCAAGGAGCGGGGCGUAGCCUACCCUUAUGGGUAUGGGAACCUGAGCCCCAUGCUAGAUCUGACCACCGGCGUCUUCCCCGUCACGCGCGUCAACUCGAGCGUCGAUGUUGUGAACGCGAGCUUUGUGCCACUCAACGAUGCAGAUGCGACGAAUCAGGCGUUAUAUGACGAUCCCAAGACUUGGGAGAACGCGCCCGUUGGGCUGCAGCUCAUUGGAAGACGGCUGGAAGAGGAGAAGAUUGUCGCGAUGUUGAAGGUUGUGGAGAGCGCGCUGAAGGGCUGAAGGCUUGGUCGAGCCAAGAAGCAUCAGCUCAGUGGGACAGGCGGAGAAUUGUGGCGAAGAAGGCGCAACGAA